UACCUUCAUUUUUUUUAAAGAAAAUGCGGAGUCCUGCGAAGGCACGAAAAAGUGCCGUCAGUUUCUUGCGGGUCUUGGAUUGUAUUCGCGCAAUGAAAGUCGGGGAAAUCUUUUGGCACCGUAAGGGCUUCAUCGUUCUGAUAGCUACCUUCGUCCCUGUUCAUCCGCAGCUGUCGCUCGUAGAGUCGCAGCACCGCAGCAGCGUCCGCCUCUCUCACCGCAGCAGCGUCGUUUUCCUCAACUGCAGCAGCGUCGUCUUCCUCAACUGCAGCAUCGUUACCUCCAGCCCCAUGCGGUAAAUGCUGGGGGUGUUUCAUGCAAGAACAAGGCAAGGGCCAAAGGAAAAGGGCGAAAAAGAUUAGACGAGAAAGGAUGGCCGAAUCAUUUCUGUUCCGUGCGUUUAAAUGUGACUGUAGUUUGGUGAAAGGAAAAUGCGCACAGAGGGCAGGGCGAGGGAUUUUUGUGGAUGGGCGUUUCUCGAGUGGCUCUCUUUGGAGGCAUAUGAUUGGGAUCGGUUGGUCUCGUGGCGAUUACUCUCUGGUUCAGGGUUCUGUACAUCAGGAGGCACAUGUUCUUCUCCUUCAACGUUUGUGACGGGCAGGAAGCAAGAGCAACGAAGGCCACAUGUGCACAUAGUCGUAGCAUGGUGUGCAUCAAUGGCAAUCUCGAGAACCCUGAAGUCCCUCAAAGCUCUAACAACUGGAUCCAGACUUAGCUCAGGGCUCUACCAUGUCUCCGCCGCUGCUCCAUUCUCGGCACGCUCACCCUUCCCCUUCUUGUUGUUCCCCUCGGAUCUACAACUCCGCCUCACCUCUGCGCACCCUCGCCUCUUCUCCCCCUUUUGUAGGCUGAUUCCUUGCUCAGCAGGCCCUCUCUUUCUAUCAUCACCCCCAUGGCAGCUCUCCCAGAACGCCACUCCUCUGUAUCUGCACGGAGAGCUCGUUAGAGGUAGCGGCAUUUCUCUUGGAUUGGUCCAUGGCAGGUGUUUACCCACUGGGUUUCCAAUCAAGGAGAAGCAACACCUUGACAAUAGGGAGGCUAGCAAUGCUGACAGUGUGUUCAAUUUGCCUAAUUUGAUAUCUUUUGGCAGAAUGGCCUCUGGCCCUUUUCUUGGGUGGAUGAUUGUUAAUGAGUAUUACUCUUUGGCAUUUUUGGGACUUGCUAUGUCUGGAGCUACUGAUUGGCUUGAUGGAUUUGUUGCUCGGAGGAUGAAUGUCAACUCUGUGAUAGGAUCCUACCUUGAUCCACUUGCUGACAAAGUUUUGAUUGGUUGUGUUGCCGUAUCAAUGAUGAAAAUGAAUUUGUUACAUCCAACUCUGGUUGGGCUUGUUGUACUGAGAGAUAUUGCUCUAGUUUGUGGUGCAAUCUACAAAAGACUAUGCAGCAUGCAUUGGGAGUGGCAAGGGUGGUAUGAUUUCAUCAACCUGGACGCUAACGCACCUGAAAAGGUCAAACCAACCUUACUCAGCAAGGUGAACACAGUGCUGCAAUUGACAUUAGUUGCUGCAGCUCUUCUUCAGCCAGAUUUUGGUUCUGACAAAACUGAGGUCUGCAUACUUGGUUUGAGUUGGGCGGUGGCUGCAACAACGGUAGCAUCAUGGGCAGGUUAUGGUAUUCUGUAUAUGAGGAGUCAAGCAGCUCCAACCUCUGGAAUGCAGGAACCUUUUUCUAGAAGCAAGCUUUCAUGAUGGAAGGUUUUGGUGAAUUGCCAUGUGGAAGAUAUGUACAAAGUAUAUGAGACGAGACUCUUCAUGAGGAAGUAGAUAAAGGGUACCAAGUCCAACUUUUUUUUUUUUUUUGUUGGGGGAGGGGAUGAGAAAAAACCCAUGCAGAUUUGGCCGUUCCUGUCCCAUGGCCCAGCUUCUACAGGAGGUUCAGAAGAUGGGAUUCUUCCAGAGGAUAUCAAUCUGUAGCAGUGUUCUGCUAUUGAGAGGCGCCAUGUCCUAUAACAUAGGAGCUGAAGUUCGUUAGAAGAGAGUGAGUAGUCAGCGUGCUUUUGAAUUUUUUUGAUCGUCAUUAUUUAAUGUAUAAAACCUCCUAUUUUGUGGAUUCAUGCAUAUGGAAAAUUAAUUGUCCCUCUAGCUUACAGUUCUUUGUGGACUAAUAGGAGAAAGAGAGUGAGAAGCCAGCUUUAUAUGAUAACCAAUUCAGUGUAAGCAACGGCAUGCUUCCGUUGGCUGGUCUGUUGGGCUUGAACUUUUAGAGUGUGUAUGGUUGGCUGUUCCAGAAACAGACAGAAUUAUGACGUCUUGUUUACAACAGGCCAAUGUAGCUGUUUCAAGAGAAGCAACUAUAUUUUCGUCUGUUUUCUUUGAUUCUGUUUAUUGUUACAAAGUUCCUUUAUAAAUGAUAGUCAUAUGCGAAAUCUUAA